AGGUAUCAUUGGACAGGCCAUGGCUCCACGGUCGCGGCAACGAAGGCACAAGAAACUCCCCUCAUCUGUGGCUCCUGUGCCUGUGACCCCACCCACAGUUGUGACCCCUGUGCCUCUGACCCCCUCAAAACCUGGCCCUAGCAUUGAUGCACUUGGCUUCGUAUCCUUGGAGAACAAUGUUCCUGGCCUAUCCCAGCUGAUCCUUCAAAAGCUGAACAUGAAAAGCUAUGAAGAAUACAAGCUGGUGGUAGAUGGGGGUAUCCCUGUAUCAGGCUUUGGAUUUCGAUGUCCUCAAGAAAUGUUCCAGAGGAUGGAGGACACAUUCCAAUUCUGUGCUCACUGUAGAGCACUCCCUAGUGGCCUUUCAGACUCCAAGGUCCUCCGGCACUGCAAAAGGUGCAGAAAUGUCUAUUACUGUGGUCCAGAGUGCCAGAAGUCAGAUUGGCCAGCACACAGGAGGGUUUGUCAAGAGCUUCGUCUUGUGGCUGUGGACCGUCUCAUGGAAUGGCUUCUGGUCACAGGUGAUUUUGUCCUACCCUCAGGACCUUGGCCAUGGCCAGGUGAAGUCGUACAAGACUGGGACACCUGGUUUUCUAUGAAAGGGUCACAGCUAGAUGCUACACUGGAUGCUGUGCUAGGUAGUCAUGCCAUGACCACCCUAUGGGCCAGUGUAGGACGGCCAAGGCCAGACCCAGAUACCCUGCAGGGAUCUUUGAAGCGGCUACUGACAGAUGCCCUAUCAAGGCCCUUGACAGUGGGCCUAGGGCUUAGGGCCUUCGGGAUAGAUGUUAGGAAGACUGGGGGAAGCGCAGUACAUGUGAUCGGUGCUUCCCAUGUGGAGACAUUUCUUGCUCGCCCUGGGGACUAUGAUGAGCUUGGCUACAUGUUUCCUGGACACCUUGGACUCCGUGUGAUCAUGGUGGGUGUAGACGUGGCUACUGGCUUUUCACAGAGCACCUCAACUUCACCCCUGGAACCUGGCACAGUUCAGCUUAGUGGCCACAGGGACCUCUAUCAUGACUUCUGGGAGCAGCAGGUAGAGACUGGGCAGAUAGCCCGUCCAGAUUUGGCAGUGGCAUUCCAUCCAGGUUUCCAUUCCUCCCCAGACUUGAUGGAAGCUUGGCUGCCCACCUUGCUGCUACUUCGUGACUACAAGAUCCCUACAUUGAUUACUCUUUACAGCCAUCAGGAAUUGGCAUCCUCUUUGCAGAUUCUGGUGGAACUGGACACACACAUCACUGCCUAUGGGGCUAAUCCUUUCAUGUCCCUCAAACCUGAACAGGUCUAUUCCAACCCCAACAAGCAGCCAGUAUACUGCAGUGCCUACUAUAUCAUGUUUCUUGGAAGGUCCUGCCAGCUGGAUAAGAGGCGAUUGGAAGAGAAAGUAGAUGGUGGGGUUUAAAUAGAUCCUGACUGAAUAUCUGGAAAAUGAAGUGGUUGUGAUGAAAUUACCCCAUUAAUGCCAGGUUGUUGCCAGCUUUGAAACCCACUAUAUUCUAAACCUCAUUCACUAUCUGGGUAAAGAUUCUCAGCUGAGUCAGAGUUCCUGUAUUAUGUGACUCAUUUCUAAGAGUUUAGCCACAGUAGUUUCUAGAGAUAGGAUUCUAGAGUUAGUGGUUGGCAAGAGGCCCUGAUGUUGAUCUUUCCAGAGUAUAGAGUUCCUAACAGUUUCCUUUGUGAGGAAGUUAUGCCUUUUGACUGGAACCACAUAGCGCUGAG